AUGGAGCAGUAUGAGGUGCUGGAGGAGCUGCAGCCUGGGACCCUGGGCACUAUGCUGGUAGCUAAAUUGAAAGCAGAAACAGAGGAGGAGGAUAUGUAUAUGAUAAAGAAGGUUGAAUGCAUCGAUGAAAAGCAAGCAAAUGAGGCCUUGAAGGAGGCAAUGGAGUUGCUAAAACUUAAUCAUCCACGCAUCUGUGCUUACAUGGAAUUGUUUAUGACUUGGGAUAAUGAGAUAUCAUCUCUGUUCCUUUGUCUGGUGAUGCAGCACAUGGGCACAGGAGAUCUUUCCUCUCUAAUCGAGGAAAAAAGGCAGAAGUCAGAAAAAAUAAAUUACAUGGUGAUGAUGAGGUUCCUGGGGCAAAUUGUGGAUGCUUUGUUUUAUGUACACAUGCAAGGUAUUUUCCACGGAAAUCUCAAGCCAUCAAACAUCCUUGUGAUUGAAGAAGAAUCCUUUAUUCUUAGUGACUUCAGUACAGAAACACUUAUGAAAGAUAAGAUGAAAUGGAAAAUAAGAGUGGAAGAAACUGACAAGUCCUGGAUGGCUCCAGAAACACUUGAUUUUUCUUUUACUGAGAAAUCUGACAUCUGGUCUCUGGGUUGUAUUCUGCUUGACAUGGCAACCUGUUUUGCUCUGAAUGCAGAAGAGAUAACUUCCUUGCUGCAGGAUAUCAGGGAGGAUUCCAGCCAUCUUGAUGAAGUCGAGACACUAAUGUCAAAUGGAGAUGACAUCUCUUUGCCUUUAUUUCCGAUUUUAAUUAUGAUGCUACAGAUUCAGCCCAGCAUGAGACCCACAGCAAUGGAUCUGAUUGAUGUCCCACUUAUUUCAGAAUGCCUGAGUAUUACUGGUGCCUCUUCAGUAAAUAUAAAGAAGACUUUGUCUCCCCAGAUAAUGGAUUUACUCCUUGAGGGAGAAUACAGAAUUAUUCUAGUUUUCAUGAAGGUUUUCUGGGAUGUUGAAGAAGCACAAGCUAAAGCCAUUCAAAAACUUGCCAGCUUUUUGAGUGAUAGAAGUGCCCUGCUCUGCCUGCUGGCAUUCACAGAAUUUAUUGUCUUUGCCAUGAAGACUCACAUAGAUUCCCUCAGGAUCCAAGUAGAAGCUUGCAGUUUAUUGCUUUCAAUUCUUAGUCAAGCUCUGGAAGAAGAUGCAUCGGUGACCUUGGAGGAGAACGUGGCCAGCUGUCUGUUAGAGAUCCUGAGAAGACACUCUGAAAAUGAAGAGCUGCUUUCACUGAUCUGCACACUACUGAUGAUGAUUUCAGUCAGUGAAUCUGCUGCAGAGACUCUAAGGCAAGUUGAACUCAUUCCAGACCUUCUGUCAGUUUUAAGAAAUUUUCUCCAUAAUGAACAGAUCUGCCUCUCUUGCUGUGGAGUUCUCUGGAGCUUGGCAGCGAGUGGUAAUUCAGAGAACAAUGUAGACAAAGAGGUGCUGGCAAGUGCUGUCCCUGUCAUCUCUGCAGUCCUUCAAGAGCACCUCCAGAAUGGAACAGUUGCAGAGUCUGCCUGCUCAGCUCUGUGGGGAUUGUCACUCCAAGGUUGCUUAACUGACAAUGACUAUGAGCCCACAACAGUACUUCUUCUGGCUGCACUCAGGAUGAACCCAGAGAGACGUAUGGUGGUGAAGAACUCCUGCCUGGCACUAGCAAGCCUUCUAAGGCUAUCUGAAAUACCAGCUUUGAAACUUCUUACGGAUUCAAAAGGCAGUGGAAUAAACCUGAUCAGAGAUGCCUACCAGCUUCACUUUGAUGAUACUAGAGUGGUGAAUUGUAUCUGUGUGCUGAUGAACGAGAUGGUUCAGUAUGGUGAGAUGUUUGAAAUAAAACUCCGUUUUUCAUCUAACACAGAGAUAAUGACCCUUGUGGAUGCAACACUUUUGAAACUGGAAGAAGAAAAACUUUGUGUGUAA